AUGGUAAUAAGAGUCACAGUUGCUGCUGUCUUCAUCAGCCAGUGCCCAAAACUGUGGCGUGGGGGCUCGUGCCAGGGCCCGGUAGGAGCCGGCACCAUUGCGUCCAACAAGUGGAGUGCCAACGGCAGCCCGGAGCAGGGGCUGGAGGAUGGGGGUGAUGAGCUGGACAAGGCCCUGGAUGGAGACGCCGAGGGCGUGUGGAGCCCCGACAUCGAGCAAAGCUUUCAGGAGGCGCUGGCUAUAUAUCCGCCCUGCGGCCGGCGCAAGAUCAUCCUGUCGGACGAGGGAAAGAUGUACGGUCGCAACGAGCUUAUUGCCAGAUACAUCAAGCUGAGAACAGGCAAAACCCGCACAAGAAAACAGGUAUCUAGUCACAUACAGGUGUUAGCGCGGAAGAAAGUUCGAGAGUAUCAAGCAGGUAUAAAGGCCAUGAACUUGGAUCAAGCGUCCAAAGACAAGGCUCUCCAGAACAUGGCGGCACUUUCCUCCGCUCAGAUCGUGUCCCCAAGUCUAAUCAAAACACCUCUUCCGCCUCUUCCACAGUCCCCUUACCCCCUGUCUGCACGGUUCUGGCCGACCCCCAUCCCAGGUCAACCUGGACCCUCUGAGGAGCUGGUUCUUAAGCACAAUCCAGGAAGAAGUCCUGGGCUUGUCCGCACCAGCUACGCCAAACACCUGUUUGUUCACAUUGGCCAGACCAACCCCUCCUACAGCGACCCUCUGCUGGAGGCGGUGGACAUCCGACAGAUCUACGACAAGUUCCCCGAGAAGACAGGAGGACUCAAGGAGCUGUACGAGAAGGGCCCUCAAAACGCCUUCUUCCUCGUCAAAUUUUGGGCGGAUCUGAACAACAGCGGCGUUCAGGAUGGACCGGGCUCCUUCUACGGAGUCAGCAGUCAGUACAACAGCUCAGAGAACAUGACCAUCACCGUCUCAACCAAAGUCUGCUCUUUUGGGAAGCAAGUGGUGGAAAAAGUGGAGACAGAGUACGCUCGUGUCGAGGGAGGGAAGUGCUUGUAUCGGAUCCAUCGUUCUCCCAUGUGCGAAUAUAUGAUCAACUUCAUCCACAAGCUCAAGCACCUGCCUGAGAAAUACAUGAUGAACAGUGUAUUAGAAAACUUCACCAUCUUACAGGUGGUGACCGACAGGGAAACCCAGGAGACUCUACUGUGUAUAGCGUUUGUAUUUGAAGUGUCUACGAGUGAACACGGGGCACAAUACCACGUCUAUAGGCUCAUUAAAGACUAGCCCCCGCCGCCGCCAGCUGUUCUUACAACAGACUUCUGGUGCUUUGCACAGUCUCUCCGUCACACGUAUGGAGGAAUAUGCCAAAUUGUCCAAACAUUGGAGGAAUACGCCUAAAUGUUACAAAAAAACCAAAUGUUUUGCUUUCGUUCUAAACCUGGUACAGAAUUCGAGUCUUUGAGGACAUAAAACAUAUAGUAUUACUCUGUUAAAAAAAAAAGUUUUUGUAUAUUUGUUUUUAAAUGCCUUAAAUACAAAAUGGGUUGGUUUUGUUGCAUAUACAGAUCAAAGAUGUCUUUUAAGCUUUGUUGUGUCUCCAGAGGGAAUGUGAAUGAGUUUUGAUGGGAAAGAAUGUCAUGAAAGACAAUGUGUGCCAUUUAUGCAGCAUUUUACAAUGAUUUAAGGGUGAAUCUCACAAAGAAAUGUCUCAUUUUACCCUAAAAUCAGAAGGAAAAAUAUAUAUAUAUUUUGGAUAAAGAAAAUGAAGGCUAUUUUUAGGACUACUUUUGCAUGUUAUUUUCACGAACCCGAAACUCUUAUUAUAAUGCAAGAGAAGAUGC